GAGCGGCGGCCGCCACACCUGCGGCCCGGGCCGCGCAGCGCACCGGAGCACACCGCCCAGGGCGGCUCGGCGCCGUGCCAUGGCGCACAGAGAGCUGCUGACCACGAAGAACGCCUUCCACGGCACGUACCUCCCAGAUUUGGUGAAGGUGGGGCUCCUCUCGGGGCCGCUGGAGUGUGCCGAGGACGUCAAUCACGCGCUCCAGCAGGAGUGCCAGCUCGAGAUCGACAGCAGCAUGCACGACAUCGUCUCUACCAACGUUGGCCCUUCCAGCGUUGGCUGCAUCAGCGUUGGCUAUCCCAACGCUCCUGGUCAUGCCGUCGUCAGGGACAACCACGACGGCAAGGCUGCCGAUCGAAUCUCAGCUCCAUGCACAGGUACUUUUUCUUUCAAUUCGGAUUGCACGGUCAAUUGCAGCAUACAGGCAGCUACUGAGCCUGAAUUCGACAACCACGCCUUCAGCGAGCGUGGCAUCCUCAGGAAGGGCGCGGCCUCCCGCCUGCUGGGCGGCGGCCGCAAGGCCACGCAGCCGAAGGCCGAGGACAUGAAGCUCCUCGAGGGGCUGCGCCUACUCUUGGGCGCUCCAGCGCAGGCGCCCCCCAAGCAGCCGCCGCAGCAGCCACAGCAGCCGCAGCAGCGACGGGGCAAACAGACCUUGCGAGAGGCGUUGCAGGACGCUCUCGGCUGGGCUCGGACGGACAACGCACUGAAGGGCAAGCUCGUGAAGAUCCUCAGGGCAGUGGACGGUGGGCACAUCACCCUGAGCGCGGACGGGAACAGCAGCGGCGCCCCUCCGGCGGGCGACAACAAAGGCAAGGGCGCCGCCGCGGCUCACAGCAGCGGCGGCGGCAAGGGCAAGGGCGGCGAGGCCGCCAACCUCGGCGCCACGGGCGCCAAAGCCAAGGACAAGACCGCCUCCGGGAACCCCAACGGCAGCGGCAAAGGCAAGGACAACGGCACCGGCAAGCCUCCCGCGAAGACUGGGAGUGGCGCCUGGUCGCUCUGGCAGCGCGACUGGCCGGAUGCGACGCUCAGCCGGGCCGGCGCCGUGCUCGGCAAGCUCAGGCAGGCCGAGCUGCCCAGCAAGGGACAGACAGCCACCCUCGCCGACACCGUCGAGGAGGCCGACGAGAUGCUCGCGCUCUGGCGGCAGCACUUCGGCGAGAACAGCGCGGGCGAGGAGGCCGCCAAGGACGCCAGCCUCACCGUGGGUGUCGUGGUCAAUCCGGUGGCCGGCGUCUCCUGGAAGCCGUCAGGGGCGGCGCGCGCCGCCACCAAGCACAUCACCCUGUCCAAGAUGGAGCCGAACGAGAAGCUUCAGAUCAAGCUGGUCGCCCUGGCCACGGUCGGCAAGGAGGUCACUGGACCUGCCGGCCCGGUCGUCCAGAGCGCCGCGAAGCUUCCAGUCAAGGUGGACACGAUCACCGUGCGCCUCACGGUCUUCGACAAGUACAUGGACGCCCUGAGCUUGGGGAACGCCAACGCCCUGCUCAAGCAGGUCUGGCCGGCCGGGGCGAAAGGCAUGCAGUUGGGCAAUUGGCGGCCCACGGGCUCGCACGACGAGGCCCAGAGCUACAACAUGUACGUCACUGGCACCAAAGAGCAGGUCGACGCCCUCAUUGCCAUCAGCGGCAAGAAGGGCGUUUUCGCGGGGCACCUCGCCACGAACAGGAACAAGAUGGCGCGCACUACGGUGUCGUGGGUGCCGCGGCCAGCGGACAGCACGGACACGGACAAGGAGUACCUCGAGAUUGCCCUCCAAGCCGCAGCGGGCGCCCCGCUGGUCCACCGGAUCGGCGGCGGGCCAGACCUCGGCUUCGAACGAGCGGGGAUAGACGUCAAAGCGUCCCCGCCUUUCGUCUGGAAGGCCACGACUCCCAAGUGGUGGCGUUCAGAUCAACUGGAGAGUUUCCUGACAGGGAACGGCUGGACGGAGCCGCAGGUGACCGGCGACCUGGGGCACGGUGUCUGGCGGUUCCGCGCCAAGGCGCGGCCCGCGGAAAGCACUUCGUACAUGUGGGAGGGCGCCGACCCGUCCGAGAAGAUCACUGCUCUGCCAAUGCCGCGGAAGGUCAAGCAGGAGACGGUGGGCAAGCAGCUCCGCAGGCCCGCGCUCCCCUGGCUCGACGACGAGGACACCGAGCCAGACGACGACGUCGCCAUGGACGACGCGGACAAGAAGGAUCAGCCUGGCGCUGGAGGCCCUCCCGCGCCGGCAGCGGCCGCGGGCGGUCAGGGCGCCGACCAACAGGGAAAGCAGCAGGACCAGCAGCCGCCCCGGGACCCAGCCACCAAGCAGGGCAAGGGCGCGGACGACGGCGACCGGGCCCACAAGCGGCUCAGGCUCGAUGGCAACAACGUCAUCAAGGACAAGACGUGCAUCCUCGACGGCUACGAGGUGGUCGAAACCGGCGGCAAGGGUGCAUGCGGCUACUGCGCGGUGGUGGGCUCGGGCAAGAUGGCCAAGGACACCGCGGCCGAUCUAAGCUCCCAGGAGGUGCUGGACAAGAUCAUGAAAGAGGCCGGCACCCUCCGGGUCCAGACGGUCCAGCAGAUGACCAACAACCCCGACGUGUGGGAGCAGUACUGGUGCUUCGACCCUAAGGCCGCGAGCCACACGGGACGCACGUGGGCCGAGUACCUGAACAAGUGCACGGACAACGCUUUCUACAUGGACGAGCUCCAGCUCACGGCGACCGCGACGCGGCUCAAGCGGAUGAUCACGGUCGUCUACCGGGACGACAAGAACGGAUGGGCCAGGAGGACCCUGGGCGACCAGUUCCGCAAGAAGGGGUGGUUCGUCUUGACGCUCGUGAAUGAGCACUUCCAGGCAGUCCGCCCGGUGGCUUCUGGCUGGCCGGAGGCUCUCGCCGAGGCCCCGCAGUCGCCGGCCUUCUCCUGGCUCUCAGAGGACACCUUCGCCAGGGACGCCGCGAGGCCUCCGAGGGCGGGCCGCUGGCGCUGGCCUUGGCUCCCCCUCCGCCUCGAGGCCGGCAGGGUGGACGGCAGGCUCGCGAGGGCCCGCUCAGACGAUCAGAUUGCGUGCGAGGAGUUCGAAACGUUCCUCUGCUCUGCACGCGCGGCGUACUCGCACGAGGACCGGGCCCUUCCCGCAGCCCAGAAAGCGGAGAUGGACGGGCUGACUGAUCAGAUGCAUCAGUGGCUGGACUCCUCGAGGGCCGGCGGCCGGGCCCCCACUCGAGCAGCCGUCAAUGAGAAGCGCAUCGGGUACGACGCGGCGCUCACCAGGUGUACACUUGCUCACCCGCUCCGGGGAGACAGCUAUGCCUGCCCCUGCGGCUGGCGGCCGAGCCCGGGCGCGGACUGGAAGACCAACAACGUGGCCCCGGCUGCCGGCGGAGAAGAAAAGAGCCUACUCACCAAGUAUCGGGGCAACCACGUGGCCGGCUGCAGCGCAGCCGCCUGGGCGAAGUACGACGGGCGCAUGGGCACCAUGACGGGCGAUUUCAAGGCGAAGUGCUGCGACCUCGACCGCACGGACCAGCAGUGCACCAAGAACACGAUCGGCUGCAAGCUCACGGCCUUCAAGUGCACGCGGUGCGACGCAUACGUCCAAAGGAACAGGGUCUGGGAAAGGCCGUGCCCUGCGGCGGGCAAGAGGCCGCUCGGGCAGAAGAAAGGCGGCGGGCCCUUGGACCUCCCCACGCUGUGGGAGUGGCGGGCUGCAGCCAAGGGCUUGUCUGGGCAAGCCGCCAAGGACAACGUGGCCGGGCAGGCCGCCAAGUCUAACGCGAAGAACUUGGCGUGGCAGCGCAAGCGGAAGCUCGACCGCACGGACGCGGAGAGGGCCGAGGACAACCGCAAGCGGAGGCCGCGGCAGGCUUCCGACGGACAGCUCCGAGUGUGGUCGUGCAACGUCAACGGCCUCAAAGACCAAGGCCCGGACCGCCGCCAGCAAGGCAGUGUGAACACGGGAAAAUGGGACAGGGUUUUGGGCCAGCUCGCCGAGCAUCGGGCCCAGGUGUGCGCGCUGCAGGAGACGCACAUGGACACUUUCAGCUCCAGACGCUUCGUGGCGCAGGCCAGGGCGGGGGGCUUCGACAGCUGCUACACGUCCGCGGGCACAAACAGCUCGGCUGGGGUGGCGCUCCUUGGCCCGCCAGAGCUCCGCGAGGACCCCUGGGCGUGGGGCGGCAGGCACCAAGGCCGAGUGGUCUCUGGAAUCCUCAGCGUCCGGGGCCAGGCCGACGUCUUGAUCGUCGUCGUCUACGGAGACGUCAACAGCCAGGACAACCGCGCAAGCCUCUACGACGACGUGGCCGCGCGAGCCGCCCAGGCAGGACUGCCGACGAUCGUUGUGGGGGAUUUCAACUGCGAGCCCUACGACUCCGAGCUCUUCGCUUUCCGCGACAUGAACUACUGCCACGAGAUGCUGGACAUUCAGGACAUUACCACCCACGGGGAGAGGCUCCUGGACUUCGCCUGCUUGCAGCAGCUGGAGGCCCAGACCUUCGCCACGGACACGGCCAUUAGCGACCACGACGCGAUCGUUUUUGAGCUCUGGCGGGAGCUCCGGACGCAGGUGCAGACCGUGGUCAAGUUCGACGAGCUCAACCCGCCGCUCGCGACGGAGGACUGGGACGAGACCUUCUCCCAGGCCAUGGACAAGCGCAGAGACGAGUGGGACGCUGCAGCGGCCCGCCAGGAUGUGGAAGCUAUGUGGGCCCUCUGGUGCGACAUGCUCGAGGACUCCGCCGGCGUCCCGGGCAACAGGCAUCGGCGCAAACACGGCACCGUGCUCAAGCGCUGGGAACGGGUCUGCAAGGGCCCAGACGGACAGCGGCAGACGGUGGUCGAGAGACGUCUCCACAGGCUGCUCCGGCGUGUCCACCACGCCCUCGAAGGGCCCCGGGCCGGCUCCGACGGCCUCUCCCUCUUUGGCAAUAUCCGCAGCGGGGUACAGAGCCUCGUCGACGACGGCGUCCUGGGCGAGGGCACCGCGGCCGACGGCGAGGAUUUGGCAGCGCUCCGCACAACGAUCCUCGCGAAGCUCCAGCAGCUGGCCGAGGAGAACAAGCAGCGCCGGCUCGCGGCGUGGAGGGAGCGGCAGCAGGCUGGAGACCUCAAGGCAACUUUCCGGUACGUGGCCGACAGGCCCCCGCUCUCUGUGAAGGCGGCCUCAGACCAGCGUGGCCGGCCCACGGCCGACCCCAAGGCCAUCGUCGCGGCAGCUGUGCGACAGUGGAGGAAGAAGCAGCACCCGCGUCUGGGGCAGCACCAGAUCGGCGACUACCUCCGGGAGGUGAGGGACGUUGUCGAGCACGUGGAGCCGCCGGACAUUGGCUGGAUGUUCGAGGCGCCGGAGCUCCGGGCCGCCCUCCGAAAGACCGCCGGCACUGCGGCGGGCCCCGGGCAAAUCAAAGCAGAGCAGCUCGCACAGGCCCCUGGCAUCGUGCUGGACCUCCUGGCAGACCUGGCAAACGCCAUCAGAGACACGGGGACUUGGCCCGCGGCCCUCAAGGCGCAGGAGGUGACCAUGAUCCCAAAGACCAGUGACAAGCCCGACUUGCGGCCUAUUGGCGUCGCCCAGUCUGUCGCCCGGGCCAUCAGCAGGGUCGCUGUCAGCAAGUACAAGCAGUGGGCCAGCCAGGUCCAGCCCACGGAUGCGCACGAGAUCCUGCUCACGGUGGACCUCGCUAUCGAAAAGGCCGCCCACGAGGGCACCCCGCUGCACAUUCGCCAGAGCGACCUCUCGAACUGCUUCACGCGGAUCCAGCCGGAGCUCGUGGUCGAGGUUGCCGUGCUCUUCGGCAUGCACCGAAAGGACGCAGUGCUCCUCUUCAUGAACAAUGUCGGCCGCGACACGGUGGUCAAGGUGAGCGGCUACGCCAGCGACUUGCUCCUGGUGCUGCGCGGCCUGGCACAAGGCGACCCCGCCUCUCCGCUCGGCGCAGCUAUCCUGGCGGGCGCCCACGCGCGCAAGGUCUGCUCCGUCUUCGAUGUGGGCAUGGGCACCUACGUGGACGACCGGACCACCUACGCCAACGACAGGGACACCCUGGACGGCGCCGAAGCCCUGCUCAGGCGCCUGGACGAGCUGAGCGGCCAGAAGGAGGACGACAGCAAGCAGGACAGGGCGGCGGUGAACGUCGCCGGCGGCCAGAACAAGGACCACCUCGACUUGCUCGGCGUGCGGCUGGACCUCACUGGCCGGAAGCCGCCAGCGGCCGCCCCGCGAGCCAGGAAGCGGGUGGCCAACCUGCUCGACAAGCUGCGUCGGCUGCGCACCGUGGCCAAGGCAGCGCGCCUCGGGCGCAGGGCAAGGAAGCGGGUCGUCAUGGCCCUGGCGGGCAGCAUUCGGUGGGACGCGCCGUGGUGCUCGUUCCCCAAGGAGACCGUGACCCGCGUCCGGUCUGCCAUGGAGUUGGCACUGGAAAGCAGACGCAGGCACGCAGCCUGGCGCCACAAGGGCGCGGCAUGGUGCAUGGAGGACAAGGCGCGGUGGGACCACUGCGACGGCAGCGGCCUGCGCUGGCUGGACCGGGUCCGCGGGGUCCUGGAGACCAUGGGCUGGCACCCCGGCCCGUCGCCCUUCGAGGUCGCCUUCGGCGGUGACGGCUUCCACCUCGCGGAGGUGUCAAAGAGCUUUCUGGGCCACUGCGUUCGCGAGACGUGGCGGGCCCACAUGAUGCGGACCUGCAGAAUAACCGCCAGGAAGGUGCCGGUCGAGGUGCCGAGCUUGGACGUCAAGACGUUGCGGCGCUUCGUGGAGGAGGCGCCGACGGCCGCGGAGCAGAGGUGGCGGUGGCGAUGCUGUGUUGGCGCCGAGCCUUCUCCAGACCGCCUCAGCCACGUCACGGACGAAGUGGCGCAUGACUGCCCCAUCUGCCACACUGCUGCGACCACGUGGCACUUGAUGUGGCGGUGCGACGCCACCGAGCAUGAGCGGCAGCGCCGGGGCCUCCACGAGGCCACCAUCGGCAGGCAUCUGCCUCAGCACGAACGGUCCGCCCUUCUUCUCAAUGGGUGGACGAGGGCCGAAUGGGACCCCCCUGACGGCCAGUCGCAUGAUGCGCACCGCGCGGCCGCCAAGGGCCAGGGGAAGCUCGCCUUGAACAUCCUGCGCUUGAAGGACCGGGUCCUGAAGCGCUACUGGGACAUCUUCGUGGGCAUCGCGCCGGAAGCGGGCCACGGCAGCAACCAGGCCGCGAGGCAGGGCAGCAGGGCGGCGCUGCCGGCCCUCUCCCGUCCCGACACGAGCAACCAGACGCCGGCCGGGCUGGCGAACCAGGACAUCCCGCAGCACGCCGGGGACAGGGACAUUUCGCAGCACGCCGCGGCGGCAGCUGCGCCGGCCGACCGGAUGAGGAUUUUCGUGGAGGGCGUGGACGUGGACGCGGAGGACGAGGAGCAGCAGGAGGCAGAGAACAGCAGCUUCAGCCGCAAGGCGCCUAGCGGAAGCAUGAUGGAUCGUAAGACUUUGUCAUCUUGGUUCAUCGACACAGCUUCCCUGACCACGAAGAACACCUUCCUGGACUGCCCGUCCCCCUGGACGGAGCCCGUGGAGCUGCCUCAGCGGCCCAGCUCCGACCCCGCCGUCUCAACCCCCGGCGCUUCCACCGACGGGGGCAGCGCCCUCACGGACCAGACCGAGUCCUCCGUGGACAGACCCUGUGCGGCGGGCCCCCGCGAGCCGAGCGGCGCGAGCAGGGAGGGCGCGGCCUUCGUGCCCAUGUCGAAGACGAAGCGCCGCGCCAAGCAGCGCAGGGACGCGAAGGAGAUCAAGGCCAGGGUCGCCCGCAGCGACUCUUCCGUCGCGAGCUCGGCGUCUACGGGCCCGCAGCCCUCGGCAACGGAGUACCUGUCGCUGAGGGAGGCCGUCGACGCUGCCAAGUUGGAGACUUCGGGCGGCGCCUCGCCAUGUGCGAAGGCCACGACGAAGCUCUCGCUGUGA